AUGGUCACACCUGGAUCAGACAGUCCCAAGGUUUCACCCGAAGUCAUCGUUGAGCACACGGUCUGUGCCCUUCAGAGAACCGUCCCAAUAGAUGUUCCAGCUAUCGUGUUCUUGUCGGGAGGACAGAGCGAGGAAGAAGCGACGAAGAACUUGAACGCGAUGAACCAAUUGAAGACGAAGAAGUCAUGGUCAUUGUCUUUCUCGAGGUGCGUUGCACCAGAGCAAAUUGAAGACAUGGUCAGGCAAAGAGGAGAAUGCGAAGGCGGCUCAAGAGGCGUUGUACGUGAGGUGCAAAGCUAA